CAAAUGAACGAUACACGGCAUCGUGUACGGGCUAUAGAAAUCGCAGUUUGCGCAAGAAGAGUGCAGAGAAAAUGUAUACUGUCUCCAAAGGGCCAAGUAAAAUCGUUGCUAAAACGAGGCGAGGACUUUCACACUCACAAAACAUAGAAAGGCUGGAAACACUGAGGGACCAGACGAAAAAGCCCUUGGACUCCGAUCAGGGUCAAGUUAUGAAUGUGCCGAAACCCGUGUUCCACAGUGUGAAUGGAAAACGAUCCAAUAGUCAGAGAACGCAGCAAGAAGUUAUUAGUCCACAACACGCCGAGCUGAUAAACUUCGUUUGUGAAUCUUGGCAUAGGAUAUGCAAAGAAUAUGAGCAAGAACCAUCAGAACAUGAUCGAGGUUCUAAUAAUUGUAUAGUCUAUUACAAUGAUGGUGAACGAAGUCCAGUUUUACAGGAUUUUAAACCAUUUGACCUCGAAUCUUGGUGGGGUAAACGAUUGUUCAAUAACAUCACAAAAUCUAUAUAAACAGUCUUUUCCAUGAGUAAGCAAAAUGGAUCGCAACAACACUGCUCAGACUACUUUGUGCACUGUGCAGUUGAUGUUGAUAUUACAGCAGACAGUAGGCUCACAUCUAGACGAUUGAGAAGUGAUAUCUCCUUCAUGAAUUGGGCAGCUGGUAGUGUGUGGAAAAUUUGUAGUGGCUCUUACCAGUAGCACACAGUGCCAUAGCCGAGCAGACAAAAAACAAAACUACAUGACUUGCCAAUCAUCACUGCAGUUCAGCUAUGAAACAUUCAUUAACUAUGACUGAUAUCUCUGUGUGGUGUAAGUGUAAGACUAAUAACAAAUAUUUCAUUUGUGUGAUUCCUGUGUGAACUAGUGCAAGAACGACAUUUAUCUCAUUCAAUCCAUAAAGGUUCUUUAUACAGAAAGUGACAUUGGACACAUACAGCUACCCUGAAGAAAUUAAAUGUAAGGAUGAAUCAACAGUGAAAUACAUUCACAGUAUUUUUAAUCCACCGAGUCAUGUUGUUUCGUUUGUGCUCCAGCUUCUGGUGCUGCAGUGACUUGUGACGUGGUGAGAUAGUGAUGAGAGUGAGAAUAUAGACUAGUCCUUGUAGCAGCCAAAGAAAGCAAGAAGUUUCCACCUUAAAUUUUUAAAAAAUAGUAUGUAUGCCACUAGUGCUGCAGGUGAGGAACAUUGUAGUUACUUCAGUUUUAUAAUGGACAACGUGUAAAAUUGAAGUAAUUCUGUGUUCAUCAGACCAACAGAUGCCUUUGCAAUACUAUUUAUUUGCAUCUUGCAAUCAAUGUGCACCAAGAUAUGUAUAUAUUUUAAUAAUGAUGCAGGAAGUUAAUAGUAAUGUUGUUAUAAUAUGAAGUCCCUUGUAAUGCCAAAUGAGUUUGGCAUGAACCAUUGGUUAAACAUUUCUGAGUUUUCUAUAGUAGUGACAUAUUGUAUUGAUGAUGAAUUGCAACCCUUAAAGCAUUUAAAAUGUUAAUGAGAGUUAUUUUUUGAUCUUUACUGCAUUUGAAAACUCUUUGCUCAUAGCUGUUGUUUGUUGCUUGUUUGAUGAAAAAGAGGAAAUUAUACUUUGAAAAAUUUUAGAUGAUGAACUUUUCUCUGAUUGAUGGCAGUAACAUUGUUACUUUUCAUACACCACUGCCUUAAAUGUUGUGAAUUAUAAGUUUUUUUAUAAAUCUAUAUUUUUCCUGUAUUUGUUGAUUUUAUAUGAGGAAUUUAUGAAAUGUUCACAGAUUUAUAUAUGUUUAUACUUCAUAAUUGUACAAUAAUUAUGACAUAUAAUAUAGUCAGUCAUUUAUUACAGAAACACUUUAAAAUUUUGAAUGUUAAGUGUAUGUAAUUUUGCAGAUGUGAUCUGAAAUUGUUAAUGCACCAAUCAUAUAAGAUUGAAAUAUGUUCCAGUGAAAAUUUUAAUCAAUUUGUAUACAAUAUUUUAGAGAGUUUAUGAUUAUUACUGUGUGUUCCACAGCAUCCUCCGAAAUGAGUUGUAGAGCUAUUUCAAAUGUACUUGAAAUAAGUCAAAACAUACCAUAUGUAUAGCUUCUGCCUGAUGGUCGAUUCUGUAACUUAAAUUUUUGUUUCAAAUUUUUGAAAACUCUUUGAGAUAGCUAGUAGGGACUGAACUUAAUUAAUAUAUAUAUAAAAAAACACUACCAAGGUGUUCUGCACAGGAAAAUAGGGCAAGUUUGUAGAUGUGGCUCUCUUUCUACAGAAAAUGUAGCAGAUAUUUGUGCUAGAGCAUUGCAGUAAAUGUGUUUAUUUAACAAGAAACCUUUGGAGUGUUUUCAAGUUCAGUAUAAAUUAGUGCAGUAGAAACCUCCAGUAGUUCCUUUUAAUUUUUUUUUAUCAUUUUUGAAAAAAUAGUUACAUGUUAUUGCUUAUGAGAGUUACUCAUACUGGUUUAAUUUCUGUGUACCACCAUUGAACAUAGAUGAAUACAUUGCCCCAAAGCUGCAGUUCAUUGUGCACGGACAGUUAAAAGUUGUGCAUUGUCUCCCACUCCCUCCCCCCCUCUCCCACUCCCUCCCCUCCUCUCUCUCUCCCUCCCUCCCUCCCUCCCUCCCUCCAGAUAGGUAUCUUGCUUAUAUCUUUUGGAAUUAGAAAUCACAGUUAAUUUUCUUAUUAUUUGCACUAUACAUUUCAUCUGUUGAAUGCAGGUGAUAGUUUACAAAGCUAUUAUCAAAAAUGAGACAAGAAUAAGCAAUUACUGUGUAAAAUAUCCAUUGUUUUAUAACUUUUUAGUAUCAUAUAAACUUGAUUUUAGGAUUGAAAGGGUUUUGUAACCUUCAGAAGGUGGAAAAUAUUACUAUUUUUACCUGUGAUAUACACUUUCUUCGGCAAGAACAUUGAACAAUUUGGAUUGUUACACCAUUUUGUUCAUUCAUAAUGGGCACAUUGUUUAGGACACUGUAUUGUAAAAGUGUCACUUAACAAAGAUAUCAAUAGUUUUCAUAUUCAAAGUUAAAUUAAACUGCAAAACCUGUGAAUGUCUCAAAAGGGAGAUUUUUUUUUGUUAUUGUGUCUUGCAAAAGAUAGGUAAUAUAUGACAUAGUACAAAUAUUAAGGGCGUUAGCAUUUCUGUAGUUUAUUUUGGCGCUGAAGAGCACUGGCCGACUGCUUAUGUUUGAAAGGACUGUGGAGAUACAUGUGUGUGACAGUUAUGGACAUAGUACAGAUGAUACUAAAUGCUUUAGACAGAUCUCGUUGAUAGUACAUGUGCCUGACAAGAAUAGCAAUAAUAUUAAUAAGAUUGAUUCGUACCUUAAUAGUGGUAAAAUAAAAAUUUAAAGAUUUUACUUUUUCUGGAGCUAUCUGAAAUGAAAGUUCUUUUCUACAAUGUUAUAUUGUUCUCAGCUGGCUGCUGCAGGAAAUAAAAGACAGUUGUUAUAUG